CUUAUUUGGUCUACUUGAGGCUAGACGAUGUUGGAUGCGGCCGCAGAGCGCACCUCUCCUGGACUGGUGUGGGGUGAUGUUUCAGGUCUGCGCGAGCCGCUCAGAAGCAAGUCUGAUACGGCGAGGUUGUCUACAGUGUGAUAAUCAAUAAUGAAUUAUGUUACACGGCUGUUGCGAUAAAGGAACUUUACAAGUAGCUGCUGUAGUAUUUCACUGAUGCAGUAAGCUGAGUUUGUAAUGUAUCGAGCGCACGAUCAUUCGAUGCAGCUCCAGCCCGAACCAUUCGAGGCUCGAUAUUUUUAGAGGACACAAGUCAAAUUCAUGUUGACCGUGACGUUCAUCAGGCAUGGACAGUCGACCGAUAAUGUGAGACACGUGUGGGCAGGGUGGGCUGAUGCCCCGCUAAGCCAGCGCGGAAAAACGCAAGCCGAAGCUCUCGGCGCAUACUUUUCCAAGACCCUGUUUACCAAGAUUUAUGCCUCUCCCCUCAAGCGCGCUGCCACCACUGCAGCACUUUUUCUUGCUGCUCAACCUGCCCCACAGCCACCGCAUGACUUCACCAUCGAGUCCAUAAAGGAGCAAAAAUUUGGCAUUGCAGAGGGGAAACCGUGGUGUUCUCCGGAUAACAGGUCUUCCAAGUCGCUCUCAGAGUACAUGAGCGAGGGCAAGUACCCCACACCGCUUCCGGGUGAACGCUUUACGGACGGUGAGUCCGAUGAAGAUUUAGCAGCACGUGCGAUGCAAGCCGUGGAUGAAGUGAUCAUGCCACACGUACGUAGUGCAAUGCGGGCUAGGCGUGCAGAGCAUAUCGCACUCGUAAGCCAUGGGCUCUGCAUUAGAGCGCUCAUUUGCGCGUUGUUAGAAAGGGACUCCAGAAAUAUUUCCCCUUCGCGUGGGUACACUGGGAUGCAGAACACGGCGUGGGCGAGGGCAAUCAUUGAAAUGCAGGACGUUGCAGAUGGCACACCAUUGGAGAUCACUGAUGAAGACAACCCUCUGAUCGUAACAGUGACGGACUUCGGUCGUACGGAUCAUCUCGCCAAGCUUAAGCCCAACGCCGGCGGGACCGGCAAGAUUGCAUACGACCCAAAGCAACGGGACAUUAGAGCGUUCUUCGAUGGUGCGGCGAAUACCAAGGACUGUGAGAGCGAUGCACUGGAUGGAAUCAAUAGGGAAGCAAAGAAGUGACCUAUUCACACCUUCGCAACGAUGUCACUAGCAACCCGCAAUUUUCUGCCUCCGUGCAAUCAGCAAUAUAUCU